CCGAGGCGAGCCCGCUCUGGGCGGACGCCUGGCCCGGUCCCCUCGCGGGUUUUCCUGGCAAAUCUCCCGCGCGUGAGCUCUGCACCGGGAACCCCAAGCCCCAGCCGGCGCGCUUCCCGGAAGCGGUGGGGGAGGGGCUUGACGAUCCCCCCGGCCCCGCGCCGAUGGCCCCCCGCCUCGACCUGCCAGAAUGGACGCGGGCGGGGGUGCCCGGCCCUCCUUUGUCGCCCGCGCGGGAGUCGAGGGGGAAGCGCGUCCUACCAUUGGCUGCCGCGAGUGUGGGAAAGAAAGCGGAGCGGUGUUCACACGCGCCAGCGCCGUGCGGCCUUGGGCCUUAAAUAGCCGGGCGGGGGGCGCCGCGCUCGAGCCUGGAGCCGGGGAUCCGCCGGAGGGGUCCGUGCGCCCGCCGCUCGCCCGCCAGCCUGCCCGUGCCCCCGGCGGCGCGCUCCGCCUGGCGAGGGGCGCGCCAUGCCCGCAGACACACCGGAGAAGCCGAGCGCCUUGCCGCUCACCGCAGCGCCGGCCAGCACCAGCCGGACCCCAAACAAGCCCCGGAUCGCGGCCGAGCACCGCAAGUCCUCCAAGCCGGUGAUGGAGAAGCGGCGCCGAGCGCGCAUCAACGACAGCCUCGCCCAGCUCAAGACCCUCAUCCUGGACACCCUCAGGAAAGAGCCUGCCGGGUCCCUGCGCCCAGAGUUCCCGCCAUUCGAAGUUGGAGAAAGCGGACAUCCUGGAGAUGACGGUGAGGCAUCUGCAGAGCCUGCGGCGCGUGCAGGUGACAGCCGCGCUCAACGCCGACCCCGCUGUCCUGGGCAAGUACCGCGCCGGCUUCAACGAGUGUCUGGCCGAGGUGAGCCGUUUCCUGGCCAGCUGCGAGGGCGUCCCAGCCGACGUGCGCUCCCGCCUGCUCGGCCACCUGGCGGCCUGCCUGGGCCAACUGGGGCCCUCGCGUCGCCCGGCGCCGGAGGCCUAUGCGGGCCGACCGCUGCUGCCCGCGCUGGAUGGCCCCUUCCCCUUGCUGGGCUCCGGGGCCGCCUUCGUGCUCCUGCCGGGCCUGACCCCGCCGCCCCCUGCCGCCCCCUGCGCUGGACCGCAGCGUCGCAGCGCGCCCUGGAGGCCAUGGCUGCGGUGAGGCCGCGCGCUGUUCCAGGGCCGAGGCCCUUUGCCAAAACUGUUUCCCGAGAAUAUUUAUUUCUAGAGGCUGAGUGGAAAGUUUUUUUCUGUUUGUUUGUUUUUUUAAUUCAAACGGGAAAUGCCUUUGUGGAAGGUGUUUGCGGACCGGAGUGCGGUUUGGAGAGCGCUCGCGGCGCAUGGCGCGGAGCGCGCGAAUCAGUCAGAGAAGCGUCCGGGGGAUUCCCGCCGCCGCACCCCUCGGAUGCAGGGGUCUGCGCCUCUCUCGCUGGUGGGCUCCCCGUGGGGCCGGGCUACGGGCGGCCCCUCCGUCGCUCUGUUUCCGCCCCGCCCCGCCCAGUCCGCGCCUGCGCCCGGGAUGGCUUUGCUUGGGUCUGUGCGGGAGCCAGAGACCCGCCUUGGGGUGUGGGUUGUGAGGGGUCCCCGCGAGGCCCGGGCAGGAAGGUAACAGCUCCCGAGUUCCCGAAGAUGCGCCGCAGUGUGGGAAGGGAGCCGCGCACGAGCGGGCGGAUUGGCUUGUAAAGGGCGCCCUUCCCGACUCCCACGCCUAGGGUCCUGGACGGGGCGGGACUUGUGUCCGCGGCCGAGUUGCUGAACCGCUUUGGGGUGAAGGGUAACCGCCCUCUGCCCUGUAGCCGCGGUUCUGGCCGGGUCCGCCUCGUGCUUUGUUUUCCCGGCUCGAUACAAGCCGUCCUGGGCCCAUCCACAGGUUGAGCCUGCGCCUGGAGGGACGGGGCGUGCAGCCCCGGGUCGGGGCACUGGGGAGAGAUCGGCAAAGGGCCCCUAGGACCGGGCUCAGGGCGUCCCCCGCGGGACCAGCCCGCCAUGGGAGGGGACCGGGUGUACCAGCCUCACCCACCGUGAGUACCGAACGCCACCUGGCAGCGCUGGACAGCGGCCCCAGAGGACCCGGGAGUCACCGGCCUGCUCCGCCCCGCCUCCACCUGCGGCUGCUGGGGGCGGUCUCGGUGCUCUAGCUGCAGCGAAGGGGUGCUCCCAGGUCACGCGCCCACAUGUGGCUAACCCCUGGAUCCACCACCCGAGGCUGCAUUGAGACCCCUGCCUGGCCUGGGGCGCCAGGGGGGAGUGGAGGUAUACGGGAGGAGGCUGCUCCGUGCACAACUUCUACAUCUGCUGUGCCCUCUUGGACACUCGGGAGAGGCCUGGUGGGGAUGCCCGAGUCCCCACCAAGGCCUCCUGCUCUCUGGCUACCUCGCCCCACCUCUCCGGGUUCACGGGCUGCCUCAGGAUGAUGGCAGCCGUGUGGCCCUUGGCCACACCCUUGGAUGUAUGCUCUGCAAUUCUGGUUCCCUCUGCGGGACCCUCAGGGCAGCUCCCCCCCCAUCCUGAGCUGCGAGUCCUGGGCAGAGCUGAACAGACAGGAGGUGUGGACAGUGCUAAGGAGGUCUGUCCUUGUGGGGGGGGAGGGGGCCUCCAAGGGGGUAACCCGAAGCUCAGCUGGGUUGGUGGGCAGGAACUCCUCCCGUCUGGAAGGUCAGGUCAGCUAGAAGGGCGGGGUGUCACCGGAGACCCCCUUCCUGCCCCAGUCCCUGUCUCCUCACCAGCACUCCAACAGUGUCGUGCUUCUUCCCAUGCUCCCCACUUCCUGCUGGGGGUGGGACUGGGCCUUCUCUCCCCAGGCUCCCCCCCCAGCUAUUUUUAUUUUAGUUUUUGUCUUGCAGACACUACCUGCUGAAUAAUACAGGAAACACCUCCAGGGAGCCUGGAUUGGAUCCCCUCCUGCCCCUUGGAGGGCGGCUCGGUGGGCCCUGGCCAUUACCACCCCCACCCCACCCCCCCGCCAGGACCACGCGUCAAUAAAGGUUCCCUGAGCGCCUGUGCACCCCAGCCGGCCUGCCUUUGUGGGGGUUGUGCAGCGGGUCUGCCUGGGAGGCAGGGCUGGGGGCCUGACAAUGGCAGCAGGUCACGGAUGUUUGAAAUGUGGAGAGGGACUCAGUCCUGGUGGUGACAGAAGUCAGCCUGCCAGUCCAUUCAGCUACAGUCACUCGGAAAUUUGGGGCAGGGACGGGGCUGGAGGUGCUUAGAGCUUGUGAGAGAAAACCCACCGAAAAUCCCUGCUUCCUCCCCUGCCCGGCCCCAGGAGCCUGGGGCUACACUCACCAGAGCCCACCAUGGGUGAGGAACCGGAGGCCCCUCUUGGUGUUCACGUCGUGUGUGUGCACCAGGGGAUGUGGCCAGUAGGACACUGCAGAGGUGAGGGAAUGUUGCUUUGAGACUAGGUUGCGAGCAAGCACUGUCUGUCUGUACGUCUCUGUCUCCCAUCAUUCACUCUGGGGGAAGCCGGCUGCUGUACUCCACGACCUGCAGCCUCCAGCCAUGAGAGUGCAUUUGGGAAGUGGACCCACUGGCUGUCGAGCCUUCAGACGAGGCCACCAUUCUGCCCUCAGCCAAGCUACCCCUGGUUCUUGACGCUCAGGGACCCCUGAGAUGAAAAAUGCUUGUUGUUUUGGUCAAUACAUUUUAGGUUAACUUGUUACAAAGCAAUGAAUAACAAUAUCCGUAUGUUAUAUAAUUUAUCAAAUAAAUGCAAGUGACAAUGGCAGUAAA